AAACAGCGCCACCUCUUGAACACAGAAUUCAUUUAUCUCUGGAACUUAAUUACUUUUUGCAGAUUUUCAGCUAAAUGACAUAAAUGGCAGAAGUUGCAUCAGGUUCAGACUGUUCACGAUCUGUCGAGGAUUGUGUUUGGGCAAGCAGCUUCAGAUAUGCCAGCUAUUUUGAAAUAGAGCCCAAGAAACAGAGUCAACACUUAGAAGAAGAAUUGAAGAGAUGCUGACCAAACUUGAUGAGUUUUGUGCUGUGGUGGACAUGGUUAGAACAGAUUCAUCCCUUGCCUUGAACAGAAGUCUUCCAGAGAUUCAUAACAAAGCUAAGAACAUGGAGAAAAUCUUCACAAGGAUUGACCAACUGGAGGAAUUUGUAUCAGUUGUAAAAAAGAAUGUUAAUGCCUAUGAGGAACUUGUCAACACCGCAGAGAAAGACCUUGGGACUCUGAAUUCCAUCAAGUCACUGUUCAGCUCAUUACCACUGUUUUCAAAAAAGGUAGCAACCGCCACCACGCAGAAGAAGUUUGCUGCGCCUGAAGUCUUUUCCACCGGUGACUACAUCACCAAAUCACCCACACCUACAAGUAAAAUGGAAGGAGACUCGUAGUG